UCAGUAGUACGUACUGUUUUGGAUUUGCUUGGGAAACUGCUGGGUAUUAUAAUUAUCUCGUUGUUGAACGACAUAGCAUUGUUACAACAUGGAAGCUGAUGGCGUCACGACAAAUGGCUUGGUAGGAGGUUUUGAACAUGCCUGCGUCUGCUUAAUUGGGUUCCUUCUUUCAGCCUAUGCUUUGAAAGUAGAGAUACACAAGACAAGAAACAGUAACUAUACCGCUGUGUGCGAUUUCAAUGACCGUAUGAGUUGUACGAAAGCAUUUAUGUCACCAUAUGGUAAAGGGUUUGGUAUCAUUGGUCCGUUGUUGGGUGAAGACCAUUUUUUGAAUUUUCCAAACAGUAUACUUGGACUUGUCUUUUACACACUUCAAUUUAUGAUCGGUCAGUUCUUCUACUCAAGCAUAUCCAUGGUUUAUCUAUUGUUUUAUAUGUCCAUCAUUUCCUGUAUCGGAUCCCUCUAUCUGGCUUACAUACUUUAUUUUGUACUCAGCGACUGUUGUGUUGUUUGCAUUUCAACAUAUAUCGUCAACUUUACGUUGUGUUAUUUAAACUAUAUAAAUCUCUAGACAAUGAACCAAGGAUCAUACAUUUGUAUUCAGUGCUAAUACAGAUCGCAUCAUAAUUGCCGUAAACGAAUACCGC